CGCGCGAUUGCUCUUUUUGUAAUAACAGAACUUUUCAUAACUUCAACAUUUUCCUUCGUCACAUUACUCGCUAUCAUUCAUCCGAACCACAAUUUCGAUUAACAUGUAAUUUAUCAAAUACAUGUGGCGUUUUAUACAAAACAUUUUCAGCAUACAGAGCACACAUUCAGCGUCACCAUAAACAUUUAUUAGAACAAAACUUAGAUCAACUUGAUGAUGAAACUUUCCAUUUUCAAAAUAACAACAAUGACGAUAAUGGCAAUACACCACAAAACCAACCAUCAACAGCAUCGGCCGUUUUCGCCGCCCUCAUUGACAAUGACGACGAUGACAUUUUGUACGAUGAUAACCAAAAAUCAGAUGAAGUUGUUAGUCCAAAACAAAGAGAAACAACAACAAUCGAAUCAGUUCAAAAACAAUACACUCAGUUUUUACUAGAACUGAGAGAAGAACAUUUACUUCCUCAGAAUGUGAUCCACUCAAUAACAAGCAACACAAUCAUUCUCCUUGAUACAAUUAAAGAACUCGUCGAAGAAAACCUAAAAGAAGAACGUCGAUCAUUUGAACGACAACGCCAAGUAACGACAACAACAAUGUCUCCUCCUGAUACAUCUUGUAUUUUUCGAAAUACAAUUAAUCGAGUUAGUGAAGUAAUUGAAGCAACAACAAAAAGUGAAUAUCGUUUCAUCGAAUUAUGUAAACGAUUUUUUAAUUAUUGUCCACCAAAAGAGUUAUCACUUUUAAACACACCUCCGUCGUUAACAAUGACAACCACAUCGACAAAAAAAUUGAGAGAAGACAAAUUUUAUUAUGUUUCUAUUAAAGAAUCGUUAAGAAAUAUCUUUAGUAAAGACGAAAUGAUUCCACUUCUAAUCGACAACAUUGAACAACAGGAACAGAAGGUCAGAAAUGAUCCAGAUCUGAUGUAUUCUUUUCGUCACGGUCGUUUCGGGCGCAACACAGAUCCAAAUUUGCUCUUAAUUCAAUUGUACACAGAUGGAGUGGGCCUCACUAAUCCCAUAGGCCCGAAGAAAGAUCAGCACAAAAUUACUCUGGUAUAUUUUUUAUUGGAAGAUAUACCAGACAUAUUCCGAUCAUUGUUACAAUGUAUUAACCUCGUGGCUAUUUGCUAUACAAAAUAUCUGACCGAUAAUUCCAAGCUGAGAAAAUUCUACGAACCGGUAGUAAAAGAUUUAAACGAACUACAACAUACCGGUUUGAAAAUUCCUACAACAUACGGUUCAAUAAUGUUUAAAUUUUCCACAGUCGCUGCCGACAACCUUGCGGCUAAUGAGCUUGGAGGUUUUCAGAAAACAUUUUCACACGGAAAUUUCUGUCGUCGAUGUUUAAUAUCGUAUGAAAAUCGUAAAAUUCCAUUAACCGACUUAUCCAUUGUACAACGUGAUGAAAUCAAACAUGAUCGAUAUUUACAAGAAGUGCUAAACACAGUUAACAAAGCAAACAUUUGUGGAGUAACAGGCUCCAGCCCAUUGAAUGAGCUUGAUAAUUUUCAUCCUACCAAAUCACUGCCGGGUGAUAUAAUGCAUGAUUACCUUGAGGGUAAGACAGUUUUCUUUCUUACCAACAUCUGUAAAAACUUAUUUACUAGGUUAAGAAGUUUGACCCAAUGAAGUUAAUGAUUGAUCGAAACACUCUGCUGAAAAACAGACGUUUAGCCUGCAAAAUGUGAACUUUAGAGGAAAUUUUGUAAUCUUAGGUUAUAAUGCCGUGCAUGGGUGAUCUUCUCCGGUGGCUUUUCUUUCAUAAAGACUUAAAAUUUACAGGAAAGAGCAAAAAGCUAAAUAUUCCGAAAACCGUAUUGAUUUAUCGAACGAUUUUGUAAACUUUUCGGUCCGCUACUUGGUAUAAAAAAAAUUUCUUCGUGACGGAGUACGGGCUUGAACAUCGAUCUGGAAGUUCGAAUAAACUUAUAUUUUUUUGCACUUUUCGGAGCUUUUGGUCCCUUCUGGUUUCUGCUAUUUUCUUUUAUGACCAAGAGACGGCCAAAAAAUGCCAGUAGCAUAAAUAAAACGGGAAGAGAUACUAACGCCAAAGUUGUAAACUCAAUUUACCCGAAUAAUACACUGAUCCUCGCCAACCGGUUACGGAUGAACUAUCUUGAACUAUCUGUAUUUUUCCUCCAUCCUGUUUGCUUUUGUUUCUUAUAGGAUCUUGUCCGAUAAUUAUAAUGGCAAUGCUCAAAGAAGCCUCCAGAUUAAAAUUAAUAACGUACGCUAAGAUCCAAGACCGGAUGGAAGCCUUUGUGUACGGUUUCAUCGAUUCCAGUGACGAACCUCCGGUAAUCCAAAUCAAGCAUUUAAACAACGAUUAUAUUACCGGGAGUGCUUCGCAAAAAUUAUUAUUAUGAUUUCCUCUACAACUCUUUUUUGUUAUGUUUCCAACUCUUAAUUAGUUCUUCAUUAGAUGCGUCGUCAGCUGCUGCUCUACAACAUAUUUUUCUAGACCUCAGAAAUAAAAAAUUAGA